CUUCCUGCACAUCUGAACCAAUAGGUGGCGUCCGUGGGCGUGUCCAUCGCCUCUGCACUUCCCUUCUGAGCGAGCAGCGUGGACUGAAGCGGUGUUUUGGGGAGCUGUGACCGGUUCGUUUUGUGAUAACAGCAUCUUAUAAUGGACUCCUCACUGAGUGCAGCUCAAAUCCGACAGAAGUUCAUUGACUUCUUCCUCCGCUAUGAGCAUCAGUAUGUUCACUCGUCGUCCACCAUCCCGCUGGACGACCCCACGCUGCUCUUUGCCAACGCUGGCAUGAACCAGUACAAGCCCAUCUUCCUCAACACCAUAGACCCCUCCCACCCCAUGGCCAAGCUGCGGCGUGCCGCCAACACUCAGAAGUGCAUCCGUGCAGGAGGCAAACACAACGACCUGGAUGAUGUGGGGAAAGACGUUUACCACCACACCUUCUUUGAAAUGCUGGGCUCCUGGUCCUUUGGGGACUACUUCAAGCAACUGGCCUGUAAAAUGGCACUGGAGCUCCUCACGGAGGAGUUUGGGAUCUCCAUAGACCGCCUGUAUGUCACAUACUUUGGAGGAAACCCCGAUGCCGGCCUGGAGCCGGAUCUGGAGUGUAAACAGAUCUGGAUGGACCUGGGGGUGGAGGAGGCUCGCAUCCUGCCAGGCAGCAUGAAGGACAACUUCUGGGAAAUGGGGGACACGGGCCCCUGCGGCCCCUGCAGCGAGAUCCACUACGACCGCAUUGGGGGCAGGGACGCCUCUCACCUGGUAAACAUGGACGACCCCAACGUGCUGGAGAUCUGGAACCUGGUGUUCAUCCAGUUCAACAGAGAGUCGGAGACGGAGUUGAAGCCUUUACCUAAGAAAAGCAUCGACACUGGAAUGGGUCUGGAGCGCCUGGUGUCUGUUCUGCAGAACAAGAUGUCCAACUACGACACCGACCUCUUUGUUCCGUACUUUGAGGCCAUUCAGAAGGGAACAGGAGCUCGACCUUACAGCGGUAAAGUUGGUGCUGAGGACGUUGACGGUAUCGACAUGGCGUACCGCGUUCUUGCUGAUCACGCCCGCACCAUCACCAUCGCCCUGUCGGACGGAGGCCGGCCCGACAACACUGGGAGAGGUUACGUGCUGAGGAGGAUCCUGCGCCGCGCCGUCCGUUACUCUCACGAGAAGCUGGGCGCUCAGAGGGGCUUCUUCGCCUCUCUGGUGGAUGUGGUGGUCGACUCCCUGGGCGAUGCUUUUCCUGAGCUAAAGAAGGAUCCAGACAUGGUCAAAGACGUCAUCAACGAGGAAGAGGCGCAGUUCCUCAAAACCCUCAGCAGAGGUCGCCGCAUCCUCGACAGGAAGAUCAUGAGUCUGGGCGACUGUAAAACCCUCCCCGGCGACACCGCUUGGCUUUUGUACGACACGUACGGCUUUCCCCUGGACCUGACCUCCCUCAUCGCAGAGGAGAAAGGGAUGGAGGUGGAUCUGGCUGGGUUUGAGGAGGAGAAGAAAGCUGCACAGCUGAAGUCCCAGGGCAAAGGUGCCGGAGACGUGGACCACAUCAUGCUGGACAUCUACGCCAUCGAAGAGCUGAGAAACAAGCACGUUCCCCCCACAGACGACUCCCCCAAAUACGUGUAUACCUCAGAUGAAAACGGGAACUACGAGUUCCAGCAGGCCUCAGCCACGGUUCUGGCUCUGCGCUGCGAUCGCGCCUUCUGCGAGGAAGUGACGACGGGUCAGGAGUGUGGCGUGGUGCUGGACCAGACGUCCUUCUACGCCGAGCAGGGCGGGCAGACGUACGACGAAGGCUACAUGCUGCGAGAGAACGACAACACAGACGAUAGGAUGGAGUUCACCGUGAAGAACACGCAGGUUCGGGGGGGUUAUGUUCUGCACAUCGGUACGGUCUACGGGACGCUGAGAGUGGGGGACAGGGUCAGCCUGUGCAUCGAUGAGGCUCGCCGUCGGCCCAUCAUGAGCAACCACACCGCCACGCACAUCCUGAACUUUGCCCUAAGGGGGGUUCUGGGGGAGGCAGAUCAGCGAGGUUCUCUGGUGGCGCCUGACCGUCUGCGCUUCGACUUCACCGCUAAAGGUGCUCUGAAAACCGAUGAGAUCCACCGAACGGAGGAUAUUGCCUGUGCCAUGAUCAGAGACGCAAAGCCCGUUUACGCCAAGGAGGCUUCUCUGGCAGAAGCUAAGGCCAUCCAGGGUCUGCGCGCCGUGUUUGACGAGACGUACCCCGACCCAGUCCGGGUCGUGUCCAUCGGCGUGCCCGUCCAGGAGCUGCUCGAUGACCCAAACAGUCCUGCCGGAUCCCUCACCUCCAUCGAGUUCUGCGGGGGAACCCAUCUGCAGAACUCCAGCCACGCUGCUCCGUUUGUCAUCGUCUCGGAGGAGGCCAUCGCUAAAGGCAUCCGCCGCAUCGUCGCGGUGACGGGAGCAGAAGCCCAGAAGGCUCAGAGGAAAGCAGAUGCUCUCCGUCAGUCUCUGUCUGCUCUGGGAGACAAAGUCAAACAGCAGGCGUCUCCAAACAAGGACAUACAGAAGGAGAUCGCCGACAUGACCGAGUCUCUGGGUACCGCAGUCAUCUCACAGUGGCAGAAGGACGAGAUGAGAGAAACCCUGAAGGGGCUGAAGAAGACCAUGGACGACCUGGACCGCAGCUACAAGGCCGACAUCCAGAAGAGAGUCCUGGAGAAGACGAAGGAGGUGAUCGAGAGCAACCCCAACCAGCCUCUGCUCAUCAUGGAGAUGGAGACGGGAGCUUCUGCAAAGGCUCUGAACGAGUCUCUAAAGCUGCUCAAGGCGCAGUCCCCUCACACCGCCACCAUGCUCCUCACCGUCGACCCCGACGCCGGGAAGAUCACCUGCCUGUGUCAGGUCCCACAGGAGGUGGCUGGUCGUGGUCUGAAAGCCAGCGAGUGGGUUCAGGAGCUGUGCCCCCUGCUGGACGGUAAAGGAGGCGGCAAAGACACGUCGGCCCAGGCCACGGGCAGGAACACACAGUGCCUGCAGGAGGCGCUGCAGAUGGCCAAUGAGUUUGCACGACUAAAAUUGGGGGAGAACUGAGAGAAAGAGGUGCCUGGACUUCCUCAUGUUCUGUUGUAGAUCAGAAAGCUCACAUCAUUUCUUCCUCACUCACUCCAGCAAGCAGAAACAAACCACUAAUUUAUUGAUUUACCUUUUCCCACCUGGACUGGACACGGCUGUAAUGAAACGUCCUUUUGCACUUACAAACGAGGAUGAGGGUGUGUCCUCUUCAUCACUGCAUGUCUGUGUGCAGACUUCAGGGGAAGUUAAGCUCUUGUCUUCUUGUUCUUCUCAGUUCAGAUCCAGAAACUCUCCUCUGCAGCCUCGUUCCUUCUUUUCCCUUCAGCUGCAGGCAUCAGUCAGAUCUGGUCUGAAACCCGUCCUGCAGCUUUUCACCCGUCAGCGGCGCCGUCUGUCAGCCAUUUCUGUGUUUUGUCUGGAGCUGCAUCGGUCUGAUUUAGUCCAUUAUUGAUUUAGCGGUCUGUGUGCCCAACAUCACUGACAUGUAGAUUUAAUGAAGAGCGUCUGUAGCUGUUAAAUGUCUGAGAAAUGAAAAUAAACAAGUGGAAAAUUAA